GAAACAGUAGAGCACGCUCCACUAGGCCAUCGCCGCAAUCUUCCAGCUUAGAGCGAGAGAGAGAGAGCUCAACGGGUCAUCAUCAUCGCUAAGACUCGGAUCUUUCAUUUCCUCCUCGAAAUUUAGGGACUAGGGUUUUCUUCUACACCGUUCAAUCGAGCAAGAGCUCGUGCUUGGUCGUUGAAAAGCAUCAAUGAACAUCUUCAAGAAGAAAACCUCACCCAAAGAUGCACUUCGCACAAGCAAAAGAGAAAUGUCGGUUGCCACCAGAGGCAUUGAACGUGAGAUUGCAUCUUUACAGAUGGAGGAAAAGAAAUUAGUUGCAGAGAUCAAGAAAACAGCUAAAACUGGAAAUGAGGCUGCCACCAGAAUUUUAGCUCGUCAACUUGUUCGACUGCGGCAACAAAUUACAAAUUUGCAGGGGAGUCGCGCCCAAAUCAGAGGUGUAGCAACUCAUACACAGGCGUUGUAUGCGAGCACUUCUAUUUCUACUGGAAUGAAAGGUGCAACUAAAGCGAUGGUUGCUAUGAACAAGCAAAUGGCCCCUGCAAAACAAGCUAAAGUAAUAAGAGAAUUCCAGAAGCAGUCGGCACAAAUGGACAUGACGAUUGAGAUGAUGUCAGAAUCCAUUGAUGAAACUUUAGAUAAAGAUGAGGCUGAAGAGGAAACAGAAGAGCUAACCAACCAGGUGCUUGAUGAGAUUGGUGUGGAUAUCGCAUCACAGUUAUCUUCAGCUCCAAAAGGCCGGAUUGCAUCAAAGAAGGUUGAAAGUGUUGUUCCUAGCUCGGAAAGUACAGAUGUUGAGGAUCUUGAAAAGAGGCUGGCCUCUCUUCGACGUAUCUGAAUUGGAUAGCCAUACCUCAGAAUUUAAAUUAUCCCCGUAAUCUUGUAUAACUUGUCUCUUUGCUGCAAAACAAUGUGUGCUCUUAAAGACUAGAAUGUCAUAUAAUUUUUUUUUCUCCUGUUGCAGUUACUAUAUACUAUUGUCAAUUAUGACGUUUGUGGGUUUUUAGAAUAAUACUAGGGAUCAUAAAAAAAUAUUAUGAAAUGCUUCAUCAAGAGUUUCAAUCCUUUGAUUGGUGUGGUGUUUUUUUUAUGUAUAAUCUAACGGUGGAGAAUCUUUUAUGAUCAUUUUCAUGAUACC